AUGUCAGACCUCCCGACCAUUUCUGGUAGCUGUCUCUGCCAGCAGAUCCGAUAUGAAAUUUCUGGAGACCCUCAAGUGAGACUCUUGUGUCAUUGCGAUAACUGUCGCAAAGCCACAGGAUCCAGCUUCAUGGCGAAUGCCGUGUACCAGGAAGAUCAAUUCCGAAUAAUCUCUGGCGAAGAGCUGUUAAAGAUCUACAAAGAUAGCAACAACUCCUCAGGAAAUGCACUGUCUCGGACAUUCUGUUCGAACUGCGGUUCACCGUUGUUCAUCACCAACUCGGUGUUCAAGGGCAUGCUGACCGUUACUUCGGGCACGAUGGACCUGGGACCGUCGAAGAGUGAGUGGGCGCCUCAGGUUGAGGUCUUUUGCCAGAGUCGGCGGGAAUGGCUGCCCCCCGUAGAGGGUGCAGCUCAGUCUAAAAGGACGGAGAUAUUGAAAACACGAUGA